ACCAGUUUGUCUGAAGACUUGGCAUUACAAACACCUUGUUCACUAAAAUCGCGCUGCAGUUUACACGCGUUAUAGGCAGACGCUACUUAAUUAUUAUUAUUUAUUUAUUUUUUUUUACAAUUAAAUAUCAAUUAUUGUUUUUAAUCAACUUUGUCGUUGCAAAUAUCGAAAAGAGAUUGAUUACUACUUUGUUGAAAUUUAUUUUAUUCAUUUUCUUUAUUUUUUAAUAAUAAUAAUAAUGAUGACAUUUGAUUGAUAAAUAAAAUUAACAAUUAAUUAAUUUGUUAUAUUUUUUUAAUAUAUAUUAUUGUCAUUUAAAUUAAUCGUGAUUUUAAAAUUGUAAUUUUUAAAUUUAUUACAAAAUUAUAACAUUGAGUUUUUUUGGAGUUUGACAAGUGAAAUUUUUUCAUUUAUUUAUUUAUUUUUCAAUGAGAUAAGGAUAGCUGAUUGACACUGAAUUCAAUUGGAAAAAAAAAGCAGUGUAAUAAUAAAAUAGUAUUUUAUAAAAUGAAAUUCAUGGAAAAAGCAAGUCAUCAGAAAUGUAAAAUUACGAUAAAAAAUUAAACAAUUUGAAAGUAAAUCAAGCCAAGUUAGACGUAAUCAAAAGUCGUUGUUGUGCAUCGAUUGCACUAUUUAUGAAUGGAUGGAGGUGGGUCAUCACCUGGAACAGACUUGGGACGUCUGGAAAAAUGGUGGAAUACUCCUGGAAUAAUAUUAUGGAGUGUUGUAUUUUUUGGUGGAUUUUUAUUAAAUGCAACAUUACUAUUGGCAUUUGUAAAACGACCAGGACUUCGAACAAUUUCAAACAGAUUUGUCAUGAAUUUGACUGUAUCAAAUUUAUUGACAUGUGCUGUAUUAAAUCCAUUACUAAUGUUGGAUUCACCAAUGACAAUAUCAAUACCUGGUAUUUGUACAGUUGCUGAAAGUGCAACAGCAUUUGUAACAACAUCAUCUAUAUUAUCAAUAUUUCUCAUUGCAAUUGAUCAAUAUCUUGCUGUUGUUGAUCCACUAAGAUAUCGUACAAGAAUUGAUAAACUUAAAUGUGGUAUAUUAAUAGCAACUGUUUGGUUACUAUCAGCAAUUUUUAGUUUAUCUGCUGGUUUAAAUCCUAAUCCACACAGUUUAUGGUUAAUGUGUCAUUCACAAACAUCAAAUAUUACUUCAAAUAAUAAUUCAUCAUUAAAUAUAACAAUAAAUUCAACACUAAUAUUAAAUAUAACAAAUAAUAAAUUAACUGAAAUUGAAGAAACAUUUAAAUUUAUUAAAAAUCCAACAAAAUUUAUAAAUGAACCAUUAAUAACAUUAAAUUAUGGUUUUUUUUAUUCAAUAAUAUUUGGUAUAUUUAUUUAUUUAUUACCAUUUAUAAGUGUUUGUUGGAUUUAUAUAUCAAUAUAUUCAGCAGCACAUAAAAAUUCUGAACGUACACGUAGAACUGGAUCAAGACCAAUAUUAUCAUCAGCAAGUUUUACUGAUGAUUAUUAUCCAGUUAGACAAGAUAUUUCAAAUGAUGAUUUUCGUAAAAUACCUAAAAUAUCAAGUUUAUCAUCAAUUGAUGAAAGUAUUGAAACAUCAACUAGUCAAUUACCACGUAGAUUAUCUGAUCAUCAUAAUCAACCAUCACCAAUACAAGAAGAAGAAUCAUCAACAUCAUCAAUUGUUAUAUUUACUGUUGGUUCACAAGAUGUUGAUGUUACUAAAAAAACAAUAAUUCAUAAUACCAAAGAUAAUAAUAAUAAUAAUAAUAACAAUACUAAAAAUAAAAUACCAAUAUCAGUACUUAAAGCUGAAUUUUUAGAAAAAAAUAAUAAUGAUAAUAAUAAAAAUAAUAUUGAUGAUUAUGUUAAAAGUCGUUUUAAUAAUAAUUAUCCAGAACAAAAAAGAAAAUCAUCAUAUGAUUUAAUGAAUGAUGAAUUACUAAAAAAUAAUUUAAUGAGACUGAAAUUAGAUAAAAAUAUUAAUAAUAAUAAUGAUGAUAAUUUAACAAGUGAUGAUGAUGGUAUUGAUGACGAUGAUGAUGAUGAUGAUAUUGAAGAAGAAGAAGAAGAUGAUGAUGUUAAUUUAAAUUUUAAUAUUGAUAGUGUUGAUGGUGAAAAUAAAUUAAAAUUAAAUAACAAUGAUGAUCAAGAUAAUGACAAUGAAAUAGUAAAAAAAUAUAAAAAUAAUACAUCAAAAUUAAUAAAUAAUAAUAAUAUUAAUAAUAAUAAAAAAAGAUGUUUUAAUUUAUCAACAAAUGAUGAUAAUUAUCAUCGUAAAUAUUCAACUGGUAAUAUUGAUACUGUUGGAUUAUUUUGUGGAACAAAUAAUGCACCAAUUGUCACAAUAACACCACCAAAUCAAAAUAAACAAGAAUUACAACGUAUACCAAGUACACGUAGUACAUCAAGUUAUAUUAAUUCAUUAAAAUAUAGAAUAAGUAAUGGUUCAUUAUUUAAAUAUCGUGAAGAAACACGUGCUGCACGUGUUAGUUCAAUUGUUAUUGUAAUGAUAUUAAUAUGUUGGACACCAUAUGUUGUUGUUUUAAUACUUAAAAAUUUAUCAAUUAAAUUUAAUAAUAUAAUAACACAUAAUAUUGAUAUAAUGGCAUUUAGUUUUUUUAUAUUAAUAACAUAUAUUAGUCCAUUAUUAUUUGGUUAUCGUUCAAGACGUGUUAAACGUGAAUUAAAAAAAAUUUUUUGUUUUAAAAAUGAAUUAUCAUAUAAAAAUAAUAAAAGUUUAAUGGCUAAAAAAGUAUUAAAACGACGACAUAGUGGUAAUUUAUGUAAUAAUGAUGUUGAACAACAACGUCUUAAUUUAUUUAAUUGUGUUUAUGGUAAAAAUAAAUGGCCAAAAGAUAAAGUACAUUUUGUACAAGUACCAGAUACAGCACUUGCUGUUGAAACUUGUAGAAGUAGUUUUUCUAGUGGUGCUAGUACACAAAUAUCAACAACAUCAACUGAUGAAUCUUAAAGGGUUUUUUAUUUUUUUAAUUAAUAAGAAAGUAUUAUUAAAGACUACUUUUAAUUAUCUUCCAUGACAAAUAUUAAUUUAUAUAUUUCAUUAAUGUUAUUGUGAUGAUUUAAUAUUCCUUCAAGUAUCAAUAUACAAAUUUUUUUUUUUUGUCAUUUUGUUUUGUUAUAUUUAAAAGUCAGUAAUGUAUCUACAAGUUUAUCUGUGACAUUUAUACAUUUUUUUUUUGAUAGAUAAUCAUUGAAGGUGUUGUAAAAAUUAAUUAAUAUUAUUGUAAAAUUAAUUUUAGUUUUCUCUUGUCAUACAUUUUUCAUGUCUUGUCUUUCUACAUUUUCUUUUUUUUUCUAAAUGUAAAUAGCAUUUUCAUGACAAUAUUUUAUAAUCAGCUUCCAGAAAUAUUUCUUUUUUUUUUUUGUAUAUUAUUAAAAUCCGUCUAUUUAUAUAUAAAAAUAAUUGUAUAUAUUUGUCGAAAAAGAAAAAACAAAAAAAAAAAAAAAACAAGGUGUAGAUGUAAGAAUAUUUUAUGAAAAAUAAAUAAUUGUAAAUUAAAUUUUUUUACUAAAAUUGCAAAACAAAAAUGUAAAAAUAAAUAAGCAAAACCUUUAAGAGGUAUUUUUUUUUUAAAUAUUAUAUAUAAAAACAUGUGAUAAAGCAAACUUGUCGAUCGAUAUUAUCGAUUUUCGAUUAAAAAAAAUAAACUAACUUGAAAUUUCAUAACUAAAUUAUGAAAUGUAAAAUAAA